AUGAGCCCCGGAUGCACGAAGCAUCCCCUCGGCUCCUCGGUGCUGCCAUCUCCCGCCAGUCACGACCACAAGUCCAGUCGCUCACAGCCGCGGAGCGAGCGAGGAGAGACAGGCUCCAACCGAGUCGUGAUUUCGCGAAACGGUACCGAGACUCUCCUAACGGAAGAAGAAAAAGUCAAUUUGGGGAGUGGGCUUAGUAUUUGUACCAAGGAAAGCUCCCUGUUUGCCCUGCAUUGUCAGGCGCUGAUACGAGACGAACUGGUGUAUUCUGCAGAAGAAGAAUGGGAUCGGAAAGGUGCGCUUUCAAGAGCCCGAGGAAUGAGUUUGGCCCCGUCCCAGAUUCAGCAGGCCUUCUCGGAAAGGCACCCGAGACAGGGAAGAGAAGACGAAUUGAGGGAUUCCCAUAAUGAACUUCCUUCCUUUCGGUCUUAUCGGAGAAACAAGGAAGGGGUGAAACAGCUGACUAUCGAAACGAUUUAUUUUAUUCCUGCAAACGAUGACAGUUCGUGCAUCCAAAGUGAGCAGGAUGCCAGUGCGGUGAAAGGGCGAAAGAGAAAGAAAGGCUCCACUCUCCCCGAGUGCGGCUCGGCAAUACUCGUGUUGGACUGUGACAGAGAGAGAGACAGCGAGAAAAAGUAUCGAAGGGAUCGAGUGACGGAGCGACAGUGCGGAAUGGCUCGAAGUCGAGAGGUUGAUCCCGCCGGGGACAUUUGGAUCCAACUCUUCAGCUGCUGCAUCACUCAACAGCCGCCUUCCACGAUCGACAAAGAGCGGAGUGGAUCGCCGACUUCCCUCCCCAACCGCAAACCGUCCCCGAGGCACCCUGUCUCCAGGCAUACUUUCCUACUCUCCACCUUCCCCCCCUCUGUGCCCUUCACGUCUCACGUCAUUCCACCUGCAUCGUCCGUGACGGAUCAGUUUAAGAAAGCUGCUACUGCUCUGGGCUUUGCUCAACUUGUUUCUUCUCACAGAAAAACGGGGAAAGUAUUGUCUAGCGGGGUAGGAUCGAUGAAUGGAGAGGAGGAAAACAUCGCCGGGUGACCGAGCUGCAUUGUGAUACUUUUCUUCAUAUUAUUUUGAAGCGUGAAUCGCCUCCUCGUCCCGUCUCAUCCUCUACAGACUCGAACGCGGGGGAGCUCAGAGAUUCGAGGGUAAUUUUCCCAACCGACACGCCCGUUUGGCCAUAUGCACACAGUAUUUCGCGGGAAAAAGCCAGGCGGCGAUGCGACGCCCUUCGUUCUAGUCCCUCUCGUCUCCAUCACGCGUCUAUCAGAUUAAAUGAGUGAAUGAUUAUCUUCUCUUCUGUCGUGACAAAAUCUCGUACUGACUUUUCUUUCUUUUUUUCCUGGAGAAUAAAAUUAUCGAGAUGUCAUGAAA